GAAAGCAGCCAUAGCGCCUUAUCAGAGAAUCACCACACGAAGCAUCGACUACGAGUACUUUAUUUCCAGUAUCGAUUGUAUCUUCGGCCACGACAAGAACUGCCGGUUUCCUUCAUUCGUUUUUACAACCCUUUUUCGCAAUUCUCAACCAACGGCCUGUGGCAGAUGAACAUGCCCAUCUAAGCACACAAGUCGCAUUCUUGCUUGUGAAAUUCUUUUCCUCAACCAACCAUUGUCCUCCAGCCUGUCCUCGCCAGCGACUCACCGACUCGUUUCGCCGCGCACACGGAGCUCGACCAACAUCUCGAGGGCAUAUUCCUGAGCUUCGCUACGGCACAUGCUAAAGACGCCUCUACCUCCAAACUACGCUGAUGCGCAUUGGCAAAUACUCCUGACAUUCUCUCAUACCCCCUCAGACCGCAAUCGCCGACGCGCACACCGGCAGCCCGCCUCGCUCAACGCUCCCCACUCCGACACGUCGUAGGUAACCGAUGGUUCCCAACGUCUCAUACGCAUCAUCGAUAAUACUUGAACUUGCCCCGCCGUACCGCCGACUUGCAUAGUUUGCUGUCGACGACGACGCUGGGCCCUUCCGAAACUCACCACGUAUUACCGACCAACGGCUAACACUGACGAACCACCGACGCCAUACCCAUGUACUCUCAGAAUCAUCAGCAGGGCCACGGCGCCCGGCUGAAUGGUGGUGCUGGCCGAGGCAUGCCCAACAUGCUCUACGGCUACCAGCAACAUGCACAACACCAACACCCAUCCCAAGCGCAACAUCUGCAAAACCUCCAACACGAUCACGGCAUGCCCAACUCCAACGGCCUCGGGCAUCACUCUGCCUUUGGAUCUGGCACUCUGUCUUCUACAAACCAAUUCUCAUCCAACAUACAAAACGGUCACUCCUCUAACUCGAGAGGCAACUCAGGCCCUCACAACGAAAUGUGGCAAGAGCAGCUGCGUUUGCAUAAGGAGGCUGAACGAGCUCACUCUGCCAUGACUGAUCAGCAACAGCCUCACUACUAUGCUCGUCUUAAAGCGUCAGAGAACCGAGGAAUAGCUGGCCCUGUUAGCACUAACGGUCGAACACAGGCAGACGGCGAAAACGACCAGGCUGAUAGAAGAGUCCCCGUCGCUUUGGAAAAGGAUAUCGCACGGCAAGACUGGCUCAACAUGGAUAUGAGCGGUCAGGGCCUGCGCAACCUUGCUCCAGAACUCUUUCGAUACCAAUUUCUAAACGACCUAUACAUUGCAUCCAACAAGCUCUCGCGACUCCCAAAGGCCAUUGGCGAUCUUCGUCAGCUCCGACUCCUCGAUGCCUCAUUCAACCAAAUAACUGUAUUGCCAGCCGAACUGGGAAUGUGCACAUAUCUUAAGCACCUCUUGAUCUUCAACAACAAUAUCCAGGAGCUUCCAUUUGAGCUAGGCUCCCUCCACCUGCUGGAAGUAUUGGGCAUUGAAGGUAACCCGCUGGAGCACACCUUUAAGCAAGAAAUCAUGGACAAGGGAACCAAGGCCAUGAUCAAUUCUCUCAGAGAGAGCGCACCAGUCCCCCGCGAGCCCGAACCCCGCAAAGAAGUCAUCAUUCAAGAAGACAUUUCAACCAGCGCCGAGCGUGUCAGAGUAUUUUCAUGGAACAUUCUAUGCGACAAGUAUGCGACAGCCCAAACAUACGGCUACACACCUACACGUGCUCUGAAGUGGGACUACAGAUUUGACUGCAUUAUGAAGGAGCUCCAGCUCCGUGAUGCCGACUUUCUCACACUUCAAGAAGUAUCGACCGAAGCCUUUCGCGACAACCUCAGCCCCGAGCUCGCUAAGCUGGAUUACAAGGGUGUCCAUUGGCCCAAGUCACGCGCCAAAACGAUGGCAGAGAAGGACUCGAUUCAAGUUGACGGUUGUGCAAUUUUCUACAAGCACAGCAAGUACAUUUUGCUCGACAAACAGGUUAUCGAGUUUGCGACGAUUGCCAUUAACCGGCCGGAUAUGAAGAAUCAGCACGAUGUAUUCAACCGUGUCAUGCCCAAGGAUAAUAUUGCCGUUAUAUCCUUUUUCGAAUCGCGCCUCACGGGAGCUCGCAUGAUUGUGGUCAAUGUGCAUACGACAUGGGAGCUGCUACUAGCCGACGUCAAAGCCAUCCAGACGGGCAUUUUGAUGGAGCAAGUCGUCAAGAUGUCGGAAAAGUAUGCCAAAUGGCCUGCCCUGAAGGAGAAAAAGAUGAUUAUUCCUCCUUCAGAUGACGGCAAGCCGCCUGCGCCACAAGCCGACCCCGGACCCAGUCAAGAAUACAAGAGCAACUUGGAUAUUCCACUCAUCAUUUGCGGUGAUUUCAACUCGACGUAUGACUCCGCAGUGUUUGAGUUCAUGUCCAAGGGCCGAAUCCCCCCUGACCAUCCGGACCUCACAGACCAUCAUUACGGAAACUUUACAAGAGAUGGAAUUGAGCAUCCCUUUAGCCUUCGUGACUCGUAUGCGCCGACGCGCGGCACUGCGGAUGAGAUGCCAUUUACCAACUAUACACCGGGAUUUACUGAUGUCAUCGACUAUAUCUGGUACUCUACUAACACACUGGAGGUGGUUGGUGUGCUAGGUGGCCCUGACCCCAACGAGCUGAAGCUAGUCCCUUCAUUCCCAUUCUGGUGGUAUCCCGCGGAUCACAUCCAAAUCCAAGCAGACUUUAUCAUCAAGAGUCGCAAGGACAAAAAGGACCGCGACCACGGAAGCGGUUCGGGCACGCCGAGAGGAUAAAAGGUUUAAUACGCGGCACCAAUCUGAUAACAAUGAAGAAGCUUGAGCGCGUUGGAAUCUGGAUGCGAUUUUGGGUCUCUCUUACUACCAACGGAGUUUAAUGGAUUUCACAUGGAAACUGGGUACGGUUCAAGGUGGGAAGAAGGUGAGGAAGGGUGAAGGAAGUGGCGGGCAACAAAGCAAAGGACGAAGACGAAGACAAAAUGCAAAGUGUCAUGACGAUACGGGAAUCCAAAAAGAAGAAGAGCCAAGCGGGGCACACUGCGAGAGCGACUGGAUCAUCUCAACUUUGUCGCUACUACCACAAGCCUUGGAAGAUCUGAAUCCUACCAACGGAUUCAACGACCAACGUUUCCCUUUCUUCCUUUUCCCGAGGCAGCGAACAACACAAGCGUCUUUUAUUUGAUUUUUUUGGUCUUGAUCUUUUUUGUACUUUUCUUACGUUUUGUCCUCUCUUCCUGCGUCUUCUUCUUGUUGGUCGGUUUUUUUCUGUAGCAUUGCUGUUUUUCUGUUGUGUUACUUUGUAUCUUUUUGUACUCUUUUUGUCUUCUUUUUCAUUUUUGAUGCGUGUGUAUGUGGACGGAGCGUGGUGGUGGGAAUUCGUUGGACAAAUAGCGUGAAUAUGAACCAUCUUGUUCAAUGCAU